AUGGAUAGCAGCAACGAAACAUACCUACACGGCGUCGCCGGUACCUCCACUGGUCUUGCUUUUCAGAGCACAGAAGACACACAGAGACAGUAUCAUUUCGAUACAAUUUCGGAAGCCAGCACUUCAGUUGCGCUGUCAAGCGACUCUGGUUCAUUCCACGACACGGCUCCUUCUUCGAUUGAAGAGCAGAACGAACAGUAUGAGCACCCGGUCAUCUUGCAUGAGGACCCGCGACUGGCCAUUCAGCUCGACGAUGCGACUUUGCAAAUGCAGGAGCGGGAGGUCGACAACCAGCAUAGUUUUCACCGCGAUCCUCAUCCGGGUUGUCUUCUCUGCUCCCGAAGUUUUCAAUACGAGCCGUUCUAUAGCGACAGGAACGCAUACAAUGACACAGAGACUGUCUCCCCGGAAGAUGCUGCUACAAAUGAGCUUUUGAGAGCAGGGAAGAUCCGGGAAGGUGAACGUGCUGCUACGAUGGCCAGCGCGGAGCUUUCCCGAGAGUCAUACUGGAAAGACCGAUUUGAGCCUCAGGGCACCGACCGCAACCUUGACCAUCACUCCUCUGGCCAUCACUCCUCUGGCCGUCACUCCUCUGGCCAUCACUCCUCUGGCCAUCACUCCUCCGGCCAUCACUCCUCUGGCCAUCACUCCUCUGGCCGUCCCUCCUCUAGCCGUCCCUCCUCUAGCCGUCCCUCCUCUGGCCGUCACUCCUCUGGCCGUCACUCCUCUGGUCAGCAACCGUCCGGUCAGCGGCCAUCCGGCCAUCGGCCCGGUCGCAAGUCAUCCGGCCACCGGCUCUCUGGCAAUUAG